AUGAAGAUCACCAUCGCUGCCGCCAUCGGUCUUUUGGCCCUCUCCGUCACCGAGGCCGUCAAGGUCAACCCUCUCCCCGCUCCCGUCACCAUCCAGUGGGCUAAGACCGGCCCCGUCAAGGUCGACAACAACUUCAAGAUCGUUGGACCCAAGCACGAUAUCCUCAACAAGGCCUACGCUCGCACUGCCUCCUUGAUUAAGUCCGAGAGAUGGAUCCCUGUCACUUGGGAGCGCCCCGCCGCCGAGUUCCCCCCAUUCCCCGUCCUCGGCAAGCGUGGCGAUGAGGAAGAGUUCAGUGCCGCCCACGCCGCGAACUCCAACAACAACAAGAAGACCCUCAAGACUAUCCAGGUCCACGUCUCCGACUUGAAGGCCGACCUUCAGCACGGAGUUGACGAGACCUACACCCUUGAUAUCACCGCUGCCGGUCAGGGUACCAUCAAGGCCAAGACCGUUUGGGGUGCCCUCCACGGUCUCCAGACCCUCAACCAGAUCGUCAUCAGCGACGGCAAGAAGGGUCUCCAAAUCGAGCAGCCCGUCCACAUUGCCGAUGGUCCCAAGUACAUUCACCGUGGUGUCCUCUACGAUACCUCCCGCAACUUCUACAGCUUGAAGUCGCUCUACCGCCAAAUUGACGCCCUCUCCUACGCCAAGAUGAACGUUUUCCACUGGCACAUCACCGACAACCAGUCCUGGCCCGUUGAGAUCAAGAAGUACCCUCAGAUGACCAAGGAUGCUUACUCUCCCCGCGAGAUCUACACCCAGAAGGACAUUGCCGCCGUCAUUAAGUACGGUCGCGAGCGCGGUGUCCGUGUUAUGCCCGAGCUCGACAUGCCCGGUCACUCCUCCUCCGGAUGGCUCCAGGUCGACAAGAAGGCCGUCACCUGCGCCGACUCCUGGUGGGAUAACGAUGGCUGGACUCACCACUCCGCUGUCCAGCCUAACCCCGGUCAGCUUGACAUUGCUUACGAGGGUACCUACAAGCUGAUCAAGGAUGUCUACAGAGAGUUGACCGGUGUCUUCAAGGACAACCUCUUCCACGUCGGUUUCGAUGAGCUCCACACCUACUGCUACAACUACUCCACGUACUCCCAGGAGUGGUUCAAGAAGCGCCCCGGUGCAACCUACCCCGACUUUGCCCAGUACUACAUGGACAAGACUCUCCCCAUCUUCAAGGACAAGCCCUCGCGUCGCCUGGUCAUGUGGGAGGAUGUCGUCCUCUCUCCCGACUUCCCCGCCAAGUCCGUCCCCAAGGAUGUCAUCAUGCAGUCCUGGAACCAGGGUGUCGACAACAUCAAGAAGCUCGCCCAGAAGGGUUACGAUAUCAUCGUUUCCUCGGCCGAUUUCUUGUAUCUCGACUGCGGUCACGGAGGAUGGGUCACCAACGAUCCCCGCUACAACGUCAACAGUCCCCCAGCACUUCCCAAGGCCAUCCAGGAUGCCUUCGAUGCCAACCCUUCGGCCUAUUACCCCGCCUCGAACAACUACCUCGGUUCCGGCGCCUCGUGGUGCGAUCCCUACAAGACUUGGCAGCGCAUUUACUCUUUCGACUUCACCGAGGGUUUGACCGCUGCCGAGGCCAAGCACGUCAUUGGUGGUGAGGUCGCCAUGUGGUCCGAGCAGGCUGAUUCCACCAACAUCGACACCAAGGUCUGGCCCCGUACUGCAGCCUUGGCCGAGUCCCUUUGGUCUGGCAACCGUAACUCCAAGGGCUUCAAGCGCGCCACCGAGCUCUCUGCCCGUAUCCAAGACUUCCGUGAGCGUCUUGUCGACCGUGGCAUUCUCGCCGCUCCUUUGGUCCCCAAGUACUGCUUGCAGCACCCCCACCACUGUGAUCUCUUCCGCAACCAGACCGCCUGGGGCAAGUAA